AUAAUUUGCUUUAAUUCUAACCAACGUCCAGUUAAGGCGAUACUCGAUACUCGACUGUACGUAGAGAUGGCUUCGAUUGUGUUCUAUCCUGGUUAUUGAGAGCUUCAUAUGACUUAAAAUUUUCCGUUUUAGAAUUUUGGAAUCGGAAAAUAUCAAAGCCACAGUAGUUUUAACGCUCAGUUCUCAUGGCUGAAAACGUGAGCGACAUUCUCAACGAGUCUCUCUCUGGAAACUCUGCGAAUGUUAAAGAUUUUCGUCCGGUGCUUGUCGCUAAUUGUGUCCUAAACAGCUUUUUGUCCUAUACAACCAUCAUUUUGAACAUUGUUACCAUCCAUGCGAUAAGGAAAACCGCAUUGUUGCCAAAACCUUUGAGAACAUUAUUACUGAGCCUGGCUGCCUCCGAUGUUGGCGUUGGUUUGUUGGCACAGCCGCUCUACAUUUCUUCUUUGGUCUGCUCGUUAAAACGAAAACGUAUCGACUGCAUUUCCAACGAAGGAUUGUUGGCCGUUAUUAUUUUAUUUUGUACAUCCUCGCUCUUUAGUGUUGUAACCAUAAGUUUGGACAGGUUCUUAGCUGUUCAUCUUCAUCUCAGAUAUCAAGAGCUUGUGACUCACAAGCGCGUCCUUGCAGCGGUGAUAUCAAUAUGGCUGUUAAGCGCAAUUAUUUCUUCUAGUGUCUUUUGGAAUCCAUUGCGUGUCAGCUUACGAGUCAUUGAGCUCGUGGUUGUGACUGUUUGCCUCAUUCUAGUAGUAAUUGUCUACUGGAGAAUUUAUAUAGUCUUAAAGCGACACAAAAACCAGAUUCAAAGCCUUCAAAUCCAAGAAGUACAACAGAGUGUUCAAAAUGGCGACUUAUCAAACUUUUUGAAGUUAAGAAAGUCAGCUCUCGGAACAUUUUAUGUAUGUAUUUUGUUCUUUAUAU